AACCAUACAAUGAUCAGGGACUGAGAGUGAUAAUAGAAAGAGAGGUCGAGUAGUAGUGGUGGCGGUUAGAGCUCGGUGAGAUUCACCCUGUACCCGGUGAGCUCUGGCAUCGGGGUCGACGUCAUGAAGAACAUCCAAGCUCGGCAUCGAGAAGAGCAUCAGCCUGGAGCUCUGCAUCCUCCUAUACAAGCAGUACGGGACAACCAUGGCCGCCUUGAGGGCUGUCGGCUACCAAUUCGAUACGAUGAUUUUCACAGCUUCGUUCACAACAGACUUUCUUCUGUAAAAGUUUCUUACACAACAGACUAUCCAGGUGCUUCAGUUAUAUUCAAUCUUCAGUUAUACUCCAUUUUGCUAUGUGGUGUUCCCCCAUUCUGGGCAGAAACUGGAGCAGGGAUCUUCAGGCAGAUCCUUCGAGGCAAACUUGAUUUUGAAUCUGAACCCUGGCCUAGUAUCUCUGACAGCACUAAAGAUUUAGUCCGUAAUAGGGCUGCAGAAGAUGUCCUCCAUCCUUUCGUGCGAGAACACCAAGAAGUCGUCGAUCGAAGUGAAGCUGCGCACACGAGAGAAUAUUGUGGCGUUCCUAGAUGGAACAGAACAGGGAGAAGAAGGCCAAAUAGGCCCAAAGAACACAAAAUCAGCACAUAUCCAAUUCACAUCAUCACAUAUCCAAUUCAUAGUCGCCUGUAUCUCUCUUUUGAUGCAAAAUUCUGAUAAAAUGGUGAAGACAAAUGCUGAUAAAAAUUCUUGUGCCUUAUUCUUUAGAGAGAAGAAGAAGCACUCGUGAUCAUGGACGACACUAGGGUGGUGUGGCCGCUGGUUUUUGGUCACGCGAAAAUCUACAUUGACAAGCUGGAGCUGCCAGCGAGACCCCUGGCCGCGGCGACGACAAAGGGCUCAGUUUCUUCUGGCUGCGGCGGCGAGUCAGGGCGCAAUUCCUCUGGCCGCGGCGUCGAGGCAGGGCCAAAAUUCGUCGACGAAUUUGUUCCUCGGUGGCGGACGGCGAGGGAGGACUCAGCUUUCUUCUGGCCGCGGCAGCGAGUCAGGGCGCAGUUAUUCUGGCCGCGGCAGCGAGGCAGGGCCAAAAUUCGUCAAUGACUUCGUUCGUCGGAGGCGGACAGCGAGGGAUCUGCACAUGCGGGGGAGAACAACGACGGGAGCA